AUGUCUGCUGCUCCUCCAGCAGCUCCUCCGCCUGCUGGAGACCCAAGUCUUAAUGGCCAUGCUCCCGGUCACAACUUGAAUCUACCUCGAUUCCACCCCAUAGCCAUCAAUCCAAACGGACCUGGCUCGACACCAGGACCACCUCCAUACCACCGUCCAUAUGGAUCUCCGUAUCAAGAUCAUUUACCUCAUCAACAUUCUACCGGUCCUCUUCCACCUCCUUUACCACCGGCUCCUGCGCCACAUCAAUACCAGCAGCACCAGCACCAACAUCUUCAGCCGCAGUCAGCACCGCCAUCGCAGCAACAUCAGCAACAAUCUUCACAACAACAUCCACAAUCAGGACCACCUUCUCGCCCGCCGUCUCAUCCACCUAUUCUCCCUGUACCAAUGACAUCUCAGCUAGACCAGAUCGAGGCCCGGUUACGGCAAAUUGAACAAGAAGAGGCUAGCCGUGCGGCAGCCCGUGCACAUAUGCUUGCGUUAAGGAGACGGGAAGACGAGGAAUUCCGCAUGGUGACUGAGAGGGCGGAGGCUGAAGAAGAGGACUUACGGCGACGGAGGAAAAGACUAAAGCGAGAGUCUAUGGGUUUGCUGGACGGCCAGAUGGAAUCACCGCCUGCACCAGCACCACGACGUUUGUCGGAAACAAGUGCUGCCACAACAUUAGCAUUUUUCAAACAACAGACYCCCCCCGAGCCACGACCAUCAGAGCUGAGAGCUCCACCACAACAUCAACACCAACAACAACAACCUCAUAUUCCAUCACCACCUACAAUCCUGCAACAGCCAACGCCAAUGGCACCAGCUCCAAGCGCCUCAAUAAUGUCAGCCCCUCACGGCAACACAUUCCGAAAGAAGCAAAAAUACACCAUCAAGAACGCAGAGGCUUGGGGUGAGCGACACGGUCGACCGGCAACAUACGAUGCGGAAGGUCGAGCAUUAUGGAAACGCCCCUCGGACGGCCGACUUGUAUAUCUCGACUGUCCGGCCCCCGACUGCGGAAAAUCCGAUUUUGUCACCUUGCAUGGAUUCAUGUGUCAUUUAACCAAAAAGCACAAGGAUCGCACACUGGGUAGUCAGUCUCGCGCAUUGGAGGUCUGCGGAACUGUCUUCGACCCCAAUGCGCCGCGGCCACAGCGACCUAGUCUGAAGAGGGAUUCGUCGGGAAAUAGUCGUGGAGGCUCGGUGCAUACGGAACCAGACAUGGACGAAGAGGAGGAUACAUACUCGACGUCUGCAUCUGAUAUUCACGACGAUCAUAAUACUAAUCAUCUUAAUAAUGGCCCUUCGCCGCAGCAGGAGGAUAUUGUGAAAAAGGAAGGAACGACUAGUCCGGUCACAUCUGCGUCUGCCGUUGCUGAACAACCGUCUUCAAACAAGGCCAGCAUUGCGUCCAUGAUUGACGGCACUGCCACAAACGACCAAUGGCCGAAAAAGUCUCUUUCACCUGGGCAUCAUGCCGAUACAACGGCGCCGGCAUUAGCAGAGAACGAAUUAGCAAUAGCAACCACCACCGCCGAAGACGCUGCAGCAGCGGCAGUUUUGGCCGGACAGACGAUCCAAGUCUAA